AUGUUCCACAACAAUCUUUCUUUCUUCCUUCCUUCCUUCCUACCUUCUAUGUUUCUUUCUUUCUUUUUCUAUCGUUCUUGCUUUCUUUCUUUCUUUCUUUCUUUUUCUAUCUUUCUUGCUUUCUUUCUUUCUUUUUCUAUCUUUCUUGAUUUCUUUUUUUUUGCUUCUUGUUCUCUUUCUUUCUAUCUUUAUUCUUUCUUUUUUCCUUCCUUUCUUUCUUUCUUUCUUUCUAUUUUUCUUCCUUCCUUUCUUUCUUUCUGUCUUUCUUUCGUUGUCUCUUGCUCACUUUCUUUCUAUCUUUUUCAUUCUUCCUUUCUUGCUUUUUUUCUUUCUAUUUUUCUUCCUUUCUUUCAUUGCUUCUUCCUCUCUUUCUUUCUACCUUUCUUUCUUUGCUUCUUUCUUUUCUUUCUUUCUUUCUUUCUUUCUUUCUUUCUUUCUUUCUUUCUAAUAGUGUUGGAAACGAAACGAGAAUCUCGCUCAUUUUCCGUUUAUGGCUCACUAAAUUUGUUUACUCAAAUCUAUCUAUCUAUCUAUCUAUCUAUCUAUCUAUCUAUCUAUCUAUCUAUCUAUCUAUCUCAGCCUGUUCCUUUCUAUCUAUCUAUCUAUCUAUCUAUCUAUCUAUCUAUCUAUCUAUCUAUCUAUCACAGCCUGUUCCUUUCUAUCUAUCUAUCUAUCUAUCUAUCUAUCUAUCUAUCUAUCUAUCUAUCUCAGCCUGUUCCUAUCUAUCUAUCUAUCUAUCUAUCUAUUUAUAUAUCUAUCUAUCUAUCUAUCUGUCUACCUCAGUCUGUCCCUAUCUAUCUAUCUAUCUAUCUAUCUAUCUAUCUAUCUAUCUAUCUAUCUAUCUAUUGUUUACUCAAAAGUUUGGUGCACACCACACAGGCACAUAUGCAUGCACAUACGCGCGUGCGCACACAUCUAUCUAUCUAUCUAUCUAUCUAUCUAUCUAUCUAUCUAUCUAUGUCUGUUUCUUUCUUUCUUUCUUUCUUUCUUUCUUUGUCUCUUUCCUUCUUUCUCGUAUUUGAUCUCCUUUCUUUUAUUCUUCUUUUGGUUUUCUUCUCUUUUUUAUUUCUCUUUAUUUUUCCUUCUUUUAUGUGGUCGCAACUUCUUUUAGUUCAUUCAUUUUCUUUCAUUUUCGUUUUUUUUUCAUUUUGCCGCUUUCAUUUUUUUUAUACUAAGUUGUUUUCUUUUUCUUUUAUAUGGAUUCACUUUUCCUUUUUCUUAUUCCUUUUCUAA